GGGAUGUAAGCUUGUGUACGUUACCAAGCUACGUAGCGCCGCGCGUUGGCUCAUGCGCAAAGAGUCAGUAUGAAAGAUGACUCCGAGCUACGAGCACUAAUGACAAUACAAAAGUCAUAACAAAGGUUUGCUAUCGGCAACUGUAUUGAUUCAGUUGUUUACUACAUCAUACAAGUGUUGAUUAAUAACCUCAAAUCCACUCCAUCAAAGUUCCUUGUCUGUCGCUUACAAAUCAAUACAAUGGAGAAAAAGGCAAAAUUUUACUUCGUCUCGGAGGCUGGCAUAGACUCAGCAAAAAGUACAGCAGUGAAAGUAAAAAAAAUUCAGCUGCUUGGGCAAGAGGAAAGUUUUUUGUUUCCAGCGGACAAGCAGACGAGAGCUCAGCAUGAUAAGCUUUUCGAGAAUGCUAUUGUGAAGAACGUAGUCAAGAGUCUGAAGCAACGCAACAAAUUUCGUAAUGUAGUAUUGACGUUGUCUGAAGAACUGGAAAACAUCUACUUGGAUGAGGAAGGUAAUGUUGUUUUUCAUGACGAAUAUCUUGAAGAGGAUACCCCAAUGCAAGAGGCAAGCGGAAACAGAGAGGCAUCAGCCACGAGUGAGAGGAAAACGAGCUCGCUCGUGAAAGACAUGGUAGUGGAAAAGUUUAAUGGUGAGAAUAUGAAUGCGAGUAAUUGGAUGCGUUUAUAUGUGCAGGAGUGCGACAGAGUGGGUAUCGCGCAAAACAAAUACGCGGAAGUUUUGAGAUUGUUCCUAGAGAAGGGAGCGUUAGAUUGGUAUAGCGUAUCGGUAAAACAGAUUUCUUUAUUGAACUGGGAAGCGUGGAAUAACUCUUUUAUCGACACCUUUGCCGCGCAGUCCUGGGUAGACAUUGAGUAUGCUUACAAUUUCAAAUUUUACAGCGGAUCGUUACUAGAGUAUGCGCUAAAGAAAAGGAGCUCAUUAUUAGAAGCGGAUGAUAGCCUAUCCGUAAGCACUCAAAUAAACAUGAUCGUGAUUAGUUUACCAAAGUUUAUUCAAAAUAAACUAGAUAGAAAGUCCAUCGGGUGUGUAGACAGUCUCAUGUCAAAACUAAAACAAAUUGGGAAAAUAAGUGAUAAGAAAAAUGAAAAUGUAAACAAGAAAAGCUCAAAUGAGAAAAGGCCAUGUAGUAUUUGCGAAAAACUAGGAUAUAGAAAUAGAUUCCAUUUGGAAACAGUAUGCCAUAACAAAGAUAGGCAAAGUAAAAAUCCUAAAAAUGAAAAUAUCAGGGUCACAAAUAAUAAUGAAGUUCAGGAGAUAUUAGCUAGGCAAGAGGAAUCAAAAAACGAUUAGUCCUCCCACUUAUAAAAAUAAAAAUAUUUGCAAAUGGCAAUCCAGCAACAGCUUUAUACGACUCUGGAUCAAAUGUUUCUUUGAUCAGUAGUACAUUCAUAACUAAUAAAAAAAAUAUUAAACAAAUAAUAAGUGGGAGAGAUACCAUCAAAGGUUUAGCUGGGAUUGCAAAAACGGAGGGCAUUGUAGAUUUAAGAAUAAAAAUUUGUAACAUCGAGGAGAAUUUUCAAUUUUUCAUUGUUAAAGGAAAUGCUAUGGAUGGUGAAUUUUUGAUUGGAUUAGAUGCGAUAAAAAAAUUCAGGUUAUGCCAA